AGAGAGAAAAACAAAAAAUGGCAAACGAUGUCGCUCUUAGCAAUGGCCGUUUGCAGGAAAAUACACCAGCUAUACACCAACGGGCGAGGAGCAACAGAGACAAGAAAGCUCCGGAAAUACCGUCCGUCGAGAGUCGCAAUUGGCUGUUGCAUCGACAUUACACGAGACACGAGUACGGCGCUUGCAAGUUGCUCAUCGAGCAGGAAUUGACGAAAUCAGACGGUCACGAAUACGCUAGUUAUUUAAAGGGUUUAAUUCUCAGAAAAGAAGGUAAGAUACAAGAUUCGUUGGAUUGCUUUCAAACGGCGUACAACGUGAACCCGACAAACGUUAAUAAUGUGAAACAGAUCGCGAAGUCGCUAUUUAUAAUGGGUAGUCAUAAGCGCGCUAUAGACGCGUACACGGAAGCUGAGAAAAUAUCCAAUUUGCCGGAUUGGGAAAUAUAUCACGGUCUCGGCGAAGCUUAUGCAAAACUGAACUUGUUUCAAGACGGUAAGAAGCACUUCAAACGAGCAACCGAAUUAACGAAAAAUGAACUGCCCCAUCUCGCUCUCGCGAGACUUUAUCUUUCAGAAGACAUGAUUCCGGAAGCUAGAAACGCUUACACCGCAGCUCUCAGCGGAAAUCCCGAGAGCAUUGAUGCUGCGACGGAACUGGGUCUUUUGUAUCUCAGAAUUGGAGAUGCGCAAAGAGCAUUUCAACAAUUUGGAGCAGCUCUGGCUCAUUCGCCGAAUUGCGUCAAAGCGCUUCUGCCAAUGGCUUACAUAAUGCAGAAUCAUCGAGAGCACGACGUGGCAUUAUCGAAAUACAAAGUGGCAGCGCAAACCAUUCCGGAGUCUUCAGCUCUGUGGAAUAACAUUGGAAUGUGUCUUUACGGAAAACAGAAAUACGUUGCCGCCAUCAGCUCGUUGAAACGGGCGCAUUACUUGAGCCCGAUGUCGUGCGUCCCGUCGUGUAAUCUGGGAAUAGUUUUUCUUACCACCGGUCAACCCGCGUCCGCCGCAGUUUACCUUUGCGCUGCGGUUAGCGCGGAACUAAAAAAUCCAACGCCGUAUCUGUUACUGGGACUGGCCUUGAAACGUCUGGAUGAUCUGGAAGGUUCCGAAAAGUCCUUGACGAAAGCUCACGCUUUAUCUCCUCAGGAUCCGUUGAUAUUGAUUAAUUAUGCAGUGGUUCUCGACGCUCGCGGUAAACAAGCUAAUGCUGUUGAAAUUUUAACAGCCCUCAACGACAUUAUGGCCGUAGUUGACGUCGACACGCAGAUAUCGCAAAUGGCGAAGAGGUUGUCAAGAAAACUACAGCGCGAGAAAAUGGAUUUGAAUGUCGCUCAAGACUCACCGCGCGCGACAGAAGAAGUCGAGAAGCGGGAGUUGGACGCUGACGAGGUUUAAAAUAAAUAUGUAUUACGUAUAAUAUAUAUAUAUAUACGUAGCUAUCACGUCCGCGCACGAUGCGGAUCAGGAAAUAAUCCACUUUAAAGAAAGUAUAUAUAUCAAGUUUAUAUUUUAUAUACGCUGAUGAAUGAAAUCACACACAUGAAUGACGCUUUCACAUAUAUCAUGAUAUAUAUAUAUAAAGUAAUAAUAUAAAGUAAUAACCUCAAUAUUGCAUUUAUCUUUUUAUUCGCU